AUGUCUUUCCAAUUGUUGAUAAUCAUUUGUUCAUUAGUUCAUCUUAUCAGUGCAGCUCCUCUUUAUCAAAGAGAUGUGAUUGAUACCCCUGUUGUUACUAUUCAAAAUGGUUCUUUAAAAGGAUUAUAUUUGGAUACUUUUAAUCAAGACGCUUAUUUAGGUGUCCCCUUUGCACAACCACCAUUAAAUUCACUUAGAUUUGUUAAUCCACAAUCAUUGAAUACCACUUGGGAAAAUGUUCAAGAAUUUCAAACUUAUGGACCUUCAUGUAUGUCAUCUGGUGGUACACAUUCAACUAAAUUACCUCAAUCUGAAGAUUGUUUAAAAUUAAAUAUUGUUAAACCAAGAGGUUAUGAAAAUGAAAAUUUACCUGUUGCAAUUUGGAUUCAUGGAGGUUCUUUCUUAGAAGGUUCAUCUACAAGACCUAGUUAUAAUUUAAGUUAUAUUGUCGAAAAUUCAGUUGAAAUUGGUAAACCUUUCAUUGGUGUUUCAAUAAAUUAUCGAUUAACUGGAUUUGGAUUUCUUAGAUCAAGAGAAGUUGAAUUUAAAGGUUAUACAAAUGUUGGUAUUCGUGAUCAAAUUAAGGCUAUUGAAUGGAUUCAUGAAAAUAUUGAACAUUUUGGUGGUGAUCCAAAUCAUUUAGUUAUUUGGGGUGAAUCUGCUGGUGGUUAUUCUGUGGGUAAAUUAUUAAAUUCACAAAAAUUAGGUGAUUAUAUUAAAGGUGGUAUAACGGAAAGUGGUACAAGUAUGUUUGCAGAUUAUUUUUCUGAUACUUUAAUUACAACUGAAGAUGAUUAUUCAAAACUUGUUGAUUAUUUUAAUUGUUCUGAAGCUACAAGUUCAUUUGAAUGUUUACAACAUGUUGAUGCUAAUGAAUUGAAUCAUGUUUUUAAUGAAACAAAUGAAAUUAUCAAAGGAGGAUUCCAUGCAACUUAUGUUGAUGGUGAUAUAAUUCCAAAAUCAAGUUUUAUAUCUAUUCAAGGUGGUGAAUAUCAAAAAGUUCCAUUAUUAAUUGGAACAAAUACAGAUGAAGGUGUUGAUUUUAUUGAUACCACAUUGAAUACAACUGAAGAAUUUAAAAAAUCCCUUUUAAAAGAUUUCCCUUACCUGACAAAUAGUUCAAUUGAAAAAUUAAAUGAGUUAUAUCAAAUUGAUGAUCCAUUAGUCUCAUCUCCUCUAGAUCCAACUUAUAAUACAACACCAAUUGAAUAUCCAAAUUCAUGGGGUCAACAAGCACCAAGAGCAGCUGUUUUAUGGGGUGAUUUAUUAUUUGUUGCAGGUGCAAGAACAACAGCACAAGUUUCCUCUUUAAGAGAUGAUGUACCAGUUUAUAAAUAUAGACAUAAUAUUCCGAAUAAUGAUACUUAUGAUAAGCCUUAUAUUGGAGCAAGACAUUUCAGAGAACUUGUUUAUGUUUUCGAUAAUGAUGAUGAACCACAUGAUGUAACUUUAGGUGAACAAUUUCUUGAUGAUCCAAGAAUUCCAAAUAUCUCUAAAACAAUAUCAAAACUUUGGUGUUCUUUCAUUACAGAUUUGAAUCCAAAUUUACCAAGUGAUCAACAAGAUGUUAAAAUUCCAAAUUGGCCUCAGUAUAAAGAUGGUGAACAAAAUUUAGUAUUUGAUAUUGAAGGAUUCCAUUUAGAAAAAGAUGAUUGGAGAUCAGAACAAUUGAAAUUUAUUGAGUCUAUUGAAGUUGAACAACUGGAAAUGAAAAAAUGA